AGACGCGUAAACCUAAGGGGCAUAAAUUAACCAAACGCAGCAGCGUUAAGCUUGUACGACUCAUCAUCUCCUAAGAGCUAGCUUGAGAAAAAUGGCUUGCAAAACGAUACUGCGUUCCGUUUUCCUAUCGGAAUCACGUCGGACUUCAAGUAGGUGCUUCUUUCUCCCUCCUUCUCCGGCGUCUUUUCCGGUCCAUGGAUUGUUCCCGGCGCCAAAGAGUCUAAGUUUCAGUGGUUUUGCCUCUGUUCCCGACCCGGUCCCUCGGCUCAAUUGCACCAAUAACGAUCAAUCCGAGCAAGGCCCGCCUCAAGAAGCUGUUCUCAAGGCGAUUUCAGAAGUGUCAAAGACUGAUGGGAGGGUAGGGAAGACUACUAAUAUGAUUAUCGGAGGCACUGUGGCUGAUGAGUCUGCUAAAGACUGGCUCGAACUUGACCAGAAGGUCAAUACAUACCCAACGGAUAGAGGCUUUACUGCGAUCGGGACUGGUGGCGAUGACUUUGUUCAUGCUAUGGUUGUUGCUGUUGAAUCUGUUAUUGAUCGACAAAUCCCAGAGGAUUGUGUAAAGCAGACACUAUCAAGCAAAGGCAAAUAUGUGUCGGUGAAUAUUGGCCCUAUCCGAGUUGUCUCUAGCGAGCAGGUUCAAGCUGUGUAUAAUGCAAUGAGGAGAGACGAAAGAAUGAAAUACUUCUUGUAGGUUUAAAGAGUGUAGAAUCACGGGUCUUACCUCUUCUUACUUCUCCAUUGCGACUAUGUAAAUUAUGCAGUGUAAGGCCAUCAUUUAUUUUAUUCUUGGCUUCUUGCUGAUCUAUACCAACUAUGUAUGCCGGUGUUUUAUUACAUUUUCUUGGGGAA